UCUUGCUCGGAAUUCAAAGGCUUGGGCACCAUCUUUCGCCGUGUACAGGCCGGCUCACGGUUGUCAUCGGUUUCAGAAUUCGGAUAAAUUUUCAAAAGUGUGAUCUUUCUUGGACUUCUCAUGAGUCUGGCUAAUUCUACGCUAUCGACUCUGCAUCUUUCACGAGUCAUAUCAUCUCACAAUGAGCUCUUCAAGUCGACCAAAGAGCAAUAUUGAGCUCUUGACCGAGCAGCACAAAUACGUGCAAAAGGCGCGGAAAGCGAGGGCUGAGCAGAUUGAAAGUAUAAAAUUCGAUGACGAUGCGAGGAGAGAAUGGCUGAGUGGGUUCAGUAAAAGGAAGAAGGCCAAGGUCGAGGAGAAACGGGCCAGAGCUAUCGAGAGGGAUAAACAAGCUCAUAAGGAGGAAAGACGCCAUGCUCGUGAAGAGCUGAAGAAGAAGGCAGCGGAAAAUGUUCGAAAUGUCCGACUGGCGAUGGGUUUGCCAACUGGAGAUGACGAGGAGAUGGCAAGUGGAGAUGAAUCCUCGAACGAGGGUCCGGCUGUUCCCCUGGAAGACGAAUAUGAAGACGACGAUCAAAUAGCGACAGUGACCAUUACGGAAGACUUUGAUCCGUCGAUACCUGGUCCUUCGACCCGGAAAUUUGGAUCGCCUUCGUCCGACGAAGAGGGGGACGAACAUCGUUCUGGCCAGCUGGGGGAUGCGGAAAAGACAAAGAAGCGGAAAGCAGUCGGAUUACCUGAUAUGCCUGCAUCAAGUCAUCGAGCUCAGAAAAAGGCCAAGUCGAUAUUGGAGCAGGCCAAAUUGGAGAAGAAGGAAAGGCAGGAAAGGGCCGAAAAGGCUGAUAAGCAGUCUAGAGGGAUGGAGACGAAGGCGGAGAGAAAGUUUGGAAGGGCUAUGGAAGCUAAGAGGAGGGCCAAGAGAGCUGGAAUCGCCAUGGAGAGGGAUGGAAGGCAAAGAGGGACCGAUAAGGGGAAGCGUAAAGGUAAUGGUGCACACAACAAGCCUUUAAGGGGAAGAAAGAGAGGAUAAGUACCGCAUUGAUUUGGCUUGACCGGUGACAUUAUACAACACUACAAGCAAUUCA